UAGAGUGAGACAAAAGAUCCAAGAGUCAUUUGGCUUUCACACGGUGAUUCCUUGCUUUCACGAAUUCCAUGUGGAAAUAGCCGGUUCUUAUUGAACGGAUUCUGAGAAUUAUACCCGCGGAAAAUACCCUAGAACCAAGUCAAAAAGUUUGUUGUUUGUGAAAAUCUCUAAGCGGUGUACAAAAUGAAUAUCCAAUUGGCUGAAGUACUGGAGAAAACCGUGUCUCCCGACAAAAAUGAGCUGGAGGCUGCGCAAAAUUACCUGGAGCAGGCGGCGGCCACGAAUCUUCCAGAGUUCCUCAAGGCCCUAUCAGACGUCCUUGCGAUGGUGACAAACAGCCCCGUGGCGAGGACGGCCGCCAGCUUGCAGUUGAAGAACCACCUCACCAGAAAGGACCCCACAUUGAACGAGGAGUACCAGAAACGGUGGCUGACAUUUCCGAGCGAAACCCGCGAGUACAUCAAGAAGAACAUUCUUGGCACACUAGGAACAGAAAACACGCGACCCUCGAGCGCGGCACAAUGCGUAGCAUAUGUUGCAGUGACAGAACUGCCUGUCGGGGGAUGGGAUGAUCUUAUCGCCACAUUAGUGAAAAAGGUCGUAUCGGAAGGCUCAACAGAAAAUGAACGAGAAGCAGCACUGGAAGCUAUUGGAUAUAUAUGUCAGGAUAUAGGACCGGGAGUCCUAGAACACCAAGCAAAUCAAAUUCUCACAGCGAUUAUACACGGCAUGCGUAAGCAAGAACCCAGCAAUCAUGUUCGGCUCGCUGCUACGAAUGCUUUGCUCAACUCGCUUGAAUUCACCAAGGCAAAUUUCGAUAAGGACUCGGAACGUAACUACAUAAUGGAAGUAGUUUGUGAAGCGACACAAUGCACUGACACUCAGAUUUGCGUAGCUGCUCUGCAGUGUUUAGUGCGAAUUUUAUCACUUUAUUAUCAGUACAUGGAACCAUACAUGGGGCAGGCAUUAUUCCCCAUAACGCUUGAAGCGAUGAAAUCUGAUAAUGACCAAAUAGCGCUGCAAGGAAUUGAGUUCUGGUCUAACGUCAGCGAUGAAGAAGUCGAUCUCGCAAUUGAGAAUCAAGAAGCUACCGAAGCUGGACGUCCACCUACGAAAGUGUCAAAACAUUACGCCCGCGGCGCUUUACAAUACCUCACGCCUGUGCUCAUGGAUAAACUGACAAAGCAGGAGGAAAUCGAUGACGAUGACACUUGGAAUCCGGCGAAGGCGGCUAGCGUUUGUCUGAUGUUGCUGUCGACCUGUUGCGAAGAUGAGAUUGUGCCACACGUAUUUCCAUUUAUUCAGCAAAACAUCAAAGCACAAAACUGGCGCCUUCGCGACGCUGCUGUGAUGGUGUUUGGUUCAAUCUUGGGUGGUUUAGAUACCAAUACCCUGAAACCAUUAGUUGAGCAAGCAAUGCCGACUAUAAUUGAUCUGAUGUACGAUAGCAGUGUUAUAGUUCGUGACACUGCAGCUUGGACAAUCGGUCGUAUUUGCGAUAUUAUCCCAGAAGCCGUUAUUAAUAGUCCGUUCUUGAAGUCAUUAUUGCAAAGUUUAUUACACAGUUUGAAGUCGGAACCAAGAGUUGCGGCAAACGCGUGCUGGGCUUUCAUUGGGCUCUCGGAAGCUGCAUACGAAGCUGUUGAACAAAAUGAGGGGAACACGCCAGAGACCUACUGUCUGUCAGAAUACUUUGAGUACAUUAUAACUCAGCUUCUAGAAACUACUGAUCGUCGAGACGGUGCGCAAGCCAAUCUACGCGCAGCUGCCUACGAAGCUCUGAUGGACAUGAUCAAAAAUUCACCGAACGAUUGCUACGUAGUUGUCCAAAAGACGACAAUGGUUAUUCUUGACAGAUUGAACCAAGUCUUACAGAUGGAAAGCCACUUAUCAAACCAUAAUGACCGCCAUCAGUUCAAUGAUUUACAAUCUCUACUGUGUGCAACGUUGCAGUCGGUGCUGCGCAAAGUUGAACCUCAAGACGCUCCAAAAAUCUCCGAUGCAAUAAUGACGGCUUUGCUUACAAUGUUCAGUUCAAGUUCUGGUAAAGUGGGCGGAGUGCAAGAAGAUGCUCUCAUUGCUGUUUCGUCGCUUGUUGACUUGCUAGGAGAGCAAUUUAUCAAAUACAUGGAUGCAUUCAAGCCAUACUUGUAUAUGGGUCUGAAAAACCACCAAGAAUAUCAAGUGUGCUGUGCUGCCGUUGGCCUAACGGGAGACCUUUGCCGCGGACUGAAAAUCAAAAUAUUACCUUACUGCGACGAAAUCAUGACUUUGCUAUUGGGCAAUCUAGGAAAUCCGUCAUUGCAUCGGUCGGUAAAACCGCAAAUUCUUUCCACGUUUGGAGAUAUGGCUUUGAGUAUUGGCUCUAAUUUCAUCAAAUAUUUGGUUGUGGUCCUUGAAAUGUUGCGACACGCCUCUCAGGUUGAAGUGAAUCGAAAUGACUUCGAAAUGGUAGAAUAUCUGAAUGAGUUACGCGAAAGUGUGCUGGAAGCGUACACUGGUAUAAUCCAAGGACUGAAGGGCGUAGAUAAGAUACCAGGCCCCGAUGUUUUCCAGAUUGAACCACAUGUCCCACAUAUAAUUACAUUUAUUAAAACGAUUGCUCAAGAUGAGGAGGUGUCAGAUUCCAUACUUGCAAUUACAGCUGGUUUAAUUGGAGAUCUGUGCUCGGCAUUUGGUCCGAAACUGUUGCCACUUUUAGACGUUGAACCGAUCACAAACCUUUUGGCACAGGGUAAGAGGUCAAGAGCCAACCGAACGCGAACCUUAUCCAGUUGGGCGACUAAAGAGAUGAAGAAGCUUCACGGGGAGCAAAACAGGCACACCUAAAAAUACGGCAUAUUCAAAGACACGCUUGGCUGAGUGAAACGUAACCAAAACAAAAAUGAUUUCACAUCUACCAAAAUUUUCCCCAUAAUUUAUAAAUGUAAUUAGUUAAACACAAACUUGAACAAAAAACACCAACCAGCAAACAAUACAAAGAAAAACAACAUCAAUGAGAACGACAACGUUAUUAUUUUUUGUUUGAGCGAAGACGAGAUAAAAGAAAUCAACGCUUUUUAAAGAAAAAAGUUAAUUUGCGCAGUCGUGUGUGAUCAAGCAUUAACCUUUUAAAUUGUUUCCAAAAAGCGAAAAUAUCAACAUUAUCAAUUUAAAACAUUUUGAUAAGCAUACUAUACUUAAAAAUCUAUUUUCAUAUCUUUUUCUUUUCUUUACGUUUAUAUCCAGAAACAAACAGAUUUUUGCUUUGGAAUUUAUAUCUUUCCUUCGUAACUAUUCGAAUUUCUCCGAGCGGAGCCGGAACCCAUAAUUUAUUUAAAAGAUAAAGAAAACAUUUUUAAUAAAAACUGAUAACUAUCGGUUUUAGGUAAAAUGAUAAGAAUCUGUUUGUUGGUUUUAUUUUUAGUUUUUUCUUUCUAUGCGUUUCUAUUUGAAGAGAGAGAGAAGGGAAUGAGAGUGGAGUGAAUGUCUCACAGUCAUGAUGAGCAUAAUUUAUUCAAUAGGCACGAAGUAGUUGACUGCAUUGUCACUGGUCGAGUCCUUCAAUAUUGGUCAUCUUUAUCGUUGCAUUUGUUUUUCUGUAUUAUUUGAAUGCCGAUUCAGAAUAUAAAAUAUGUAAACGUCUA